AAAAAAACAAAACCAGAAAGGAGCGGGCGAGCGGAGUUUCAUGCUGACUUGCGCGAAUUUAGCGGUGUCCUUUCUCCUCGGCGAUGUGGGUGCUGAGUGGAGUGUACAAAUCCGCAGUUAAUCUGCCCGCCGGUGCUGAAUGGUACAGUUGGGGGAGCAGGGAUAAUGAAAUGCCUGACAUCACCGUUCCAGAUAUUUCAGCCCGGGCACAGCCUGGCACUUGGCAGCAUAUAAAGCGCUGGCUCGGAGCUGGAGGCAGCCCGCUGCUGCCCACUGGUCUCCCAGAGCACCCAGCCAGAUGGACAUCUCCGUUCACCACCCCUUUUUCCGCAGACCCCUGUUGUCCACCCUGUUGCCCAGCUGCAUCUUCAACCAGACUUUUGGAGAGCACCUCGUGGAAUCUGAACUCUUCCCCAGUUCCUCGGCUCUCAGCUCUUUCUUUCUGAGACCCUUCAUCCUGAGGAACCCGAGCUGGCUAGAGAACAGACUCUCAGAGAUGCGACUAGAUAAGGACAAGUUCUCCGUCAACGUGGAUGUGAAACAUUUCUCUCCCGAGGAGCUCAAAGUCAAGGUUUUGGGAGAUGUGAUUGAAGUUCACGGGAAACACGAAGAGCGCCAGGAUGAACAUGGUUUCAUUGCAAGGGAAUUCAGCAGGAAGUACAGGAUCCCGGCUGACGUCGAUCCCCUCUCCAUCACCUCCUCCCUCUCUUCAGAUGGUGUCCUGACAGUGAACGGACCACGGAAGCCAACGGAACUUCCUGAGCGCACCAUCCCCAUCGCGAGGGAGGAGAAAUCUACCCUACCAGCAGGGCAAAGGAAGUAG